AUGUCUCCAAGAACAUCAAAUGGCGAUUUGAACGAUGCCAUGGACGAGUUGUUGAAUCUAGAGGAGAAGUUUUACAAGGAGGGUUAUGAGGAGGGAUUGGCUGUUAAGGCUAAGGAUAAUUUCAGGCAAGGAAAACAGUAUGGAUUGCAGGUUGGUCUCCAAAGAUUUCUACUCUUGGGAGAAAUAGAGGGGUAUAUUGAUGUAAUAGCUGCUCAAAAUAUUGAUAAUACUUCUCUAUCAAAGAACAUAGAGAUCGUGCGUUCGCUAUUGAGAGGAUUGCGAUUUGACAACAGCGAUGAGACAGUGGCGGACUUCGAUUCAAGAGUUUUAAAAAUUAAGAACAAGUUCAGAACAAUACUCCUCGUACUAAAUAGGAAGCAAAAUUACGGUUUCAAGGAUUCAAUUAUUUUUGAUAUGUUGGACAAAACCUCCUCUUCUUUAGGUGGAACACUCAAGGCGUAUGUGGAAGACGGUAUCGGAACGGAUGAUGUGUCUUUUAAUGGAAAGCAGCAAGACUGGUAA